AUGGAGAAGCCCCGCUGGAGCAGGAGCACAUGCCCUCGGAGUCCGGCGGCGGAGAAGAAGAGGGACUUCCUGGCCAAGACCGUAGAGCGGUGCCGGUCCCUACGCUGGCGACCACCGUCACCAUCAUUACGGCCCUCGGCGCCGGCGGGGUGCUUCGCGGUGCUGGUCGGCCCGGAGAGGGAGCGGUUCGUGGUGCGCGCCGAGCGCGCGAACCACCCACUGUUCAGGGCGCUGCUGGACGAGGCGGAGGCCGAGCACGGGUCCCCGCGCGCCGCGGCCGGGCCGCUGGUGCUGCCGUGCGGCGCCGAGGAGUUCCGGCGGGUGAUGUCGGAGGUGGAGCGGGACGACGAGGAGGAUGAGGACGUAGCACGCGGCGAGGCCGUCGCUGACUCGGCGCCUUGGUCGCCGGCGUGGAGGUUGAUCUCCUCGAAAGGAGUUGCUCGUGGAGGCUAUCUCAAGUGUAUCGACACAGCUCCGAAAACAGCAAUAUAA